AUGGGCUUCGGCGAGCUCGCAGGUGUGCUCUCGAUCCUGAUCGACUUCGACGUCUCCUCGGCGAGGUUCUUCCCCUUCCUUCGUUAAAAGUGCUUAUCACCCAUAUAUCGGUGUUAACAUCAGUCUUUGGUACAUGGGCGGGGCGCAUGGUCCAGUUCGAGGAGAGGGAACCGAUCGCGCUUUGGUUCGCUCCACGGCCGUUUGACCUUUUCCUAGAGUACGUCCGUGUUUCACGUUACAUGAUCGAGGCAUAGCGGUGCUGAGACGGCUUUUUCUGAAUAUUCCUUCUUGUUCAACAGGAGAUAUACAGCUUGAGCACUGCAAAGGCCGAGAUCGACAGAUUCGACAUGCUGGAACGGACGACCAAAGCGCUUGACGUCUGCGCACUCCCGCCGCCUCCGCCGGAGUAUCUCACCAUGUUCGAACUCGCCAAAACAUGUCCGAGCCUAAUGUAGGUCGCUCCACUGUCUCCAAUCCAGAAGAACGUGGCCAGCCUUCGGGAAGAUCUUGCCCCGAACUGACUCGAUUGAAUCGAUAGAUAUACGCUCCAGCUACUCCUGCUCCUGCUGCGCAACUCGAUACCCCUGCCCGCGCCUCUCGUGAGUUUCGCGCUACCGCUCGAGCCAAAGGCGUUAGUACCGGCAACGCAAACUCCGCAAUUCUCUGACCAACUCUUCUCCCUAUCAGAAAUUGUGACCAAAGACGGCUAUCAAGAUCGUGGUCUGGGUGUGGAUAGCAGACAGCACCACCAAGGGCACCGCGUCAUGUUGCUCGACUAG